AUGGAUGAUGAAAAAAAUCAGAAGAAUGAUGAAGGUGAAAAGAAUGUACCAAGCGAAUCAGUACAAGAAGCAACUAAAAACGUUUUGACUGAAAUUGUUCACAGUGAUCCUUUCUCUAACUGCAAAACAAAUGGAUUUUCAACUGAAGGACAGGAGAACCCUGAGAAAAAAGCUGAAGAGAAUGGCACAUCCAAACGGCCAUUAUUUGAACCUGCAGAUCAAGACCUUCUUGAAACAAAUAUACUGGAAAACGAACCUGUCUCAAAACGGUUAAAGCUGACUGUUGCUGAGCACACCAAAGAGAACGAGAGCAACCCACUAAGUGCCCCAGCGAAUGACGAUUCUGUUGAUGGGAGUAGUGGUACUGUAGAUGAAACUGUAGAAGGGUCAGAAAGACAUCCCUGUCGUGAUGGGUUUGUUCCGAAAGCUUCUUGUGUGCCUGAAGGUGAUACUGCACAGGAAACACAUGUAGAAAUCAACCAUUCCCGAGAGGAUGAAACAAUUCAUCCUGUGUCCGAAUCUUCUUUCCAAGACAAUGAAACAAGUGUCACCUGUACAACUGGUAGUAUUGUAGAUGUUUCUAAGUGCAAAACCCAUGAAAAGGUUUUCCCCACUUAUACUGAUUUAGAUAAGCCUGUUCAAGAAACCCAUCUGAAGCAACCUAACGAGCAUGUCAACCCGCAGAGGGCUUAUAAAUCAGAACACACUCCAUCUUUAGAAAUGCAUGUCAAGCAAGCUCAUGGGCAACUUAAAUUAUAUUUCUGUGAUCUCUGUGGUUUUCAAUCUUUUGAGGAGGAUCUCUUGCGAGGUCAUUUUCUUGGCAAAACCCACCUCCGAAGACAAAAUCUUGCUGCCCGGGGAGGAUUUGUAAAGAUAUUGACGAAAAAAUCUUUUCAUAAAAAACAGCAGAACCCACUUCAAGGAAAGAUUGCAAAGGUAAAAUCUACAGUUAAUAAGCCUAAAAUAAGGGAUACGUAUUCAAAUCAAUUAAGAAUUCCAAAUAACAAGGAAAAGAACUUGGAAACAAGUUGCCAACUGUUUGUUGAAAUGACACCGUCUAAAAAUAUUUCCAAAGGCAGUAUUAACAAUGAGGAAGUGUUUUUCUGCAGUGCAGAUGGAAAUCAUGAUGUACAGGCUGAACAGAAAAUUUCAGGAUCCUCAAACUGCAAUCCAGUUGUAUUGGAGUCUGUUAAGGGUAGCCAAGAGACAACUGGCAAUUUAAGCACCACGGGGAUGUUUGAUAGAUUACAACAAAUAAGAAAUACUUUAUCACGAAGAAUAACUUUCAAACAAAGUGGUUCUUUCAGACUAAACCAGCAGAUUAAAAGACGAUAUCAUUUGCUAGGCAUUGGCAAAAGAAGCAAGCCUGAUUCUAGCUCGAAGCACAACACUGGGGAAGAGUGCAGUCAAGAUGAUUUGUCACAGAUCUCCUUAAAAGGGUUAGAAUUGGAAGGUGAUGUUAACCCUUUAUAUAAAACAGCCUCAGACAAACAAGAGAUUAAUACUGAUGGAGCAGAUGCAUGCCCUCUUGCUACAGAACUUGACAAUUCUCCAAAGAAAACUCCUGAUGUCCAGAAACCUGUGCGUCCUUGUAAUCUUUGUGGAUGUAGUUUGCAGAACCCCAAAGGUUGGGCAUUACUUGUUGAUCAAGAUCAUGGAGAAGAACUGAAAUUUCGUUGUCAAACAUGUGGCUAUUCUUACACCUGUAGAGAGGACUUUGAAGAGUACUGUCAAAAGAACAGCCAGCAUAUGGGUGGUUUCAAGAUGAAUUGUUGUCAUUGUUCAUUUCUUGCCCCAAAUUACAUUAGCCUUGGGAAACACAUGCGUGACGAGCAUGGCGUGUCCCAUUAUUGUGUUACCUGCCACCUGUAUUUUCUAACUGAAGAUGAAAUGGCAGCUCAUAACGCAACUGAGCAGCAUGUUGCUUUAUUAUCUCAAGAAAAUAUUUUUCAGCCACCUAACAGUGAAGUGACUGUGCAAACAUCAUCCUGCACAGUGAUGGAAUCAGGUAGUAUUCCAACGGUAGAUUGUGAUGAAGUGAAAAUGCAGCAAGAAAUCCCCAGGUCCUCUGUUGUACAUCCUGGUAAUGAGUUCAAGGAAUCUAUCCUGAGCAGAACCCAGUUUCAGUGUAAAAAAUGUUUUUAUAAAACUAGAUCACCUUCUGUUCUUACAAGACACAUAAAACUUCGACAUGCUCAGGAAUAUCAUUUCCUUUGUAAAGCAUGCAAUCUGUAUUCAUUAAGCAAGGAGGGAAUGGAAAAACACAUCAAGAGAAGUAAACACCUUGAAAAUGCCAGAAAAAAUAAUAUUGGUUUACGUUUUGAGGAAUGUAUUGAAAGGGUCUGUGUAGGUGCGAGCGAUGGUAAAAAACUAACAGAAUCUUCAGUUUAUGGGAAUUUAAAGACUGGAUCUGAAAAUGAAAGUAUGCAUGUUCCGUUCUGUACUCUGGAGAAUGUAUCAGUAAAUAAGGAGUUCCCGUCAGGUGAAACCAUUAAAGACAGUGAGUUGUUUUUGGAUAGUGCACCGAAGAGAGGGAGACCCAAGGGCACUAUUUCUCGGACAUGCCCUCACUGUGGUUUAUUGGCUUCCAGUGUCACAAACUUGACUGUCCACAUUCGGCGAAAGCACAGUCACCAAUACAGCUAUUUGUGUAAAGUAUGCAAUUAUUAUACUGUAACUAAAGGUGACAUGGAACGCCAUUGUGCUACUAAGAAGCAUAAGGGCCGUUUGGAAGCGAAUGGAAAACAAAAUGUAGAGAUCAUUGUAUGCCCAGAAGGAGGCAGUGUUGAAGUGUGUAGCAAGAAGGUAACUAGUCCUGUGAAUGUUUUGAAUGAACCUGUUGACCAUCGCAAUCAGUCUUCACAUUUGGACAUUUCUGUUUUGGAAAGCCAGGAAGACAUUCAGGGCAGUGCCAUUCAAAUGCAGGCUGAAAAUGUACUUCAUGAACUGGAUAGAAAUCAAGGCUCUGCAGAAAUAAAGCAACAAAGAAUUGCAGAACUAGGUAGUACUAGCCAAGAUGGAGACUUGUUGACUCAAACAAGAGCUGAAAAUACAAAUGAUAAUCAAUGUGAUUAUUGUAAUUUUGUUGCACAUUCUUUUUCUUCUCUGGAAGUUCAUGUAAAACGCAAGCACACUAAAGAAUUUGAAUACUACUGCAUGGCUUGUGACUACUAUGCAGUUACUCGCCGAGAGAUGAUUAGGCACGCAGCAACAGAGAAGCAUAAAAUCAAAAGACAAUCUUAUACUUGCACUUCUGGAGAGGAGACAGAUGCAACUGAUAUUGCCAAAGAAAAUGCUGUAACAUCUCAAGAAGAACAUCAACCCCUGGAAGAUUUUCAGAUUGUAUUGGGUGAAACAAAAUACAAAAACAAUAUUGAAGAAGAAAACGUUGGAGAGCAGGAGGCUCUGAGAGUGGAGAAGUUGCCUAAUUCUGCUUCAGAAGAUAGUGCUGCUUCAAAGAGUCUUAAAGAAGACCAUGUAUUUGAUGCUCUAAAUGUUGAGCUUGAAGGUGGAGCUGACCAAGACAGAAAAAAUGUAGAUGCGGAGGGUCUCCAAAAAACUGUUCAAAAAGGUGUCGUAGUUAAGCUCGAUGAAACGAUUGCACUUAAACAAGCCAUUGGUUGUGUUCUGCAGGAAAAUGUAGACAGACAAGCAACAGUGAAUUCAAAUUUUGCUUUUACAACAGAAUCUGGAAAUGACAACACAUCUUUGAAUUUCACGAACAAUAGGAACAAGUUGGACGAAGACACGGAAAAAGAGUUUGGAAGCUCUGAGGUUCCUGCUGAGGAAGUGAAGGCAGAAGAAACCCAUUUGACUGUACUUUCAGAAACAGGCAACAAAGCAGAAGAGCAAAGUAUGGAUGAAAGUACUGAAAAAACUAUGCAAAAUAUGCAUAGCUUACAAGGACAAAAAAGCUUUCGUGAGGGUUCUCCCGUAUUGGAAGAAGAUGCACUGAUAGAUGCACAACAUGAAGCAGAAGUGUCUAUUCACACAGUUUGGGGUGCCGAUGGUUCAGCAGUUCAAGGUAUACAAGAGAGUAGCAAUGAGGCUAUGAACAACUUUGCCAAUGCUUACCGUACAGUGAAGGAGGGCACAGCAGUACAAAACACUGGUCAGUUUGAUUCUUCUAUAGUAAAACUAAAAAGCCACGAAGAAGGUUGUGAGCCAGUGGAUCAUUUUGCGGAAGGACAGAAUCUGAGCGGGCUGAAAGUAUGUGGUUUAACCAUGAAAGCAGAGGUCUCACAAAGUGGUGGAAAUAAGAAGAAAGCUGAAGGGAAUCCCCACAAGGAAUCUACUCGUAUUCGCUGUGACGACUGUGGUUUUUUAGCAGACGGUUUGAGUGGACUCAAUGUUCACAUAACCAUGAAGCAUCCUUCAAAAGAGAAACAUUUCCACUGUUUACUGUGUGGGAAAUCAUUUUAUACAGAAAGCAACCUUCACCAGCACCUGGCUAGUGCUGGCCACAUGAGAAAUGAAGAAGCCAGCGUUGAGGAGCUGCCAGAGGGAGGCACUACCUUCAAAUGUGUUAAAUGCACAGAGCCGUUUGACUCCGAACAAAAUCUUUUCCUCCAUAUUAAAGAACAACAUGAAGAACUGCUCCGGGAGGUCAAUAAAUACAUUGUCGAAGACACGGAACAAAUCAACCGUGAGCGAGAAGAAAAUAAAGGCAAUAUUUGCAAAUAUUGUGGGAAGAUGUGCCGAAGCAGUCAUUCCAUGGCCUUCCUAGCUCAUAUUCGCACACAUACAGGAUCAAAGCCAUUCAAGUGCAAGAUUUGCCACUUUGCAACAGCUCAGCUAGGAGAUGCCAGAAACCAUGUCAAGAGGCACCUUGGGAUGAGGGAAUACAAGUGUCAUGUCUGUGGGGUGGCAUUUGUAAUGAAAAAGCACUUAAAUACUCAUUUACUGGGAAAACACGGAGUUGGAACACCAAAAGAAAGGAAAUUUUCAUGCCACUUGUGUGACAGAAGUUUUACAGAGAAGUGGGCACUGAACAAUCAUAUGAAACUCCACACAGGAGAAAAGCCAUAUAAGUGCACAUGGCCUACGUGCCAUUAUUCUUUUCUCACAGCGUCAGCCAUGAAAGACCACUAUAGGACUCAUACAGGCGAGAAGUCAUUCCUAUGUGACCUCUGUGGCUUUGCUGGCGGGACACGUCAUGCCCUCACCAAGCAUCGGAGGCAACACACAGGAGAGAAGCCAUUCAAAUGUGAUGAAUGUAACUUUGCUUCUACAACGCAGUCCCAUCUGACACGGCACAAACGCGUCCACACUGGAGAAAAACCCUACAGAUGCCCUUGGUGCGACUACAGGUCUAACUGUGCAGAAAAUAUCCGCAAGCAUAUCCUACACACAGGCAAACAUGAAGGAGUGAAGAUGUAUAACUGCCCCAAGUGUGAAUAUGGUACCAACAUCCCAGUGGAAUUCCGCAACCACCUGAAAGAGCUGCAUCCCGAUAUUGAAAACCCUGAUCUAGCUUACCUGCAUGCUGGCAUAGUUUCUAAGUCCUACGAAUGUCGGCUGAAGGGUCAAGGAGCUACGUUUGUAGAAACCACUAGCCCUUUUACCACAGUAGCCCUGGGAGAAAUUUCUCCAAUUAAAGAGAAGUUUCUUCAGAGUGAUGGAAGACAACUACCAUCCACAGAACAAGUUCAGCAAGUGAUUAUUAUUCAAGGCUAUGAUAGUGAUUUUUCAAUUGAUGCCUCAGUUGAGGAAACAGCAGCAGCUACACUUCAGACAUUGGCCAUGGCUGGCCAAGUGGCAAGGGUGGUUCAUAUUACUGAGGAUGGACAAGUUAUAACCACCAGUCAAAGCGGCUCUCAAGUGAGCAGCAUGAUUCCAGGACAAAUACUCACUGAACAGUUGCCAGAUGGGAAGACACAAGUGGUCGUCGUUGAAGGCCCUCUAGGAGGGACUGAUAUUGGAGAUGCUGUUUCCAUAGAAACAGCUUCAGACUCCAGCAAUGCUAUGGUACAGCAGAUAAUGAGGCAGGAGAUUUUAGACCCAUCAGAGGUUACAAGACUACACCCACCGAAGUCUGCCUCAGCCUUAGAUGCCUUGCUUUGUGCUGUAACAGAGCUUGGCGACACAGAGAACAAAGCAGGACUCCCGGACAGGACACAGCUUGAUCACAAAGAUGUGUUGCAGAUCUCGAAUCCAGAAGCACACAUUGUUUCUAAUGACAGCAUAGUUCAGGAAGCACAGAUUUUCCAUGAAAUUCAAGGGACUGAUGAAGAGAGACAACCUGUGGAAGUAGUAACGCAAGUUGUGCACCCAUCUACCAUAAUUGCAUCUCAAGAGAGAGCGCAGGUCACCUUCAAGAAAAUGGUCGAAGGAAUGUUACAGUUCGCUGUAUGCGAUACAGCAGCAGCAGACCAGCUGAUGAAAGAAGGUGUCACCCAGGUUAUUUUGAACGAGGAAGGGACUGUGCAUAUGGUGGCUAGAGAAGGUUCUCAGAUAAUAAUGCAAGAAGCCGGCAGCCAUACCCUCAGUGUCCAGAGUGAACAUAUGGACUUGGUUGGGCCUGAUGGAGAAAUUUCACAGAUCAUCGUCACAGAGGAAAUAGCUCAAGCCAUGGUUCAGGAUUCUAACAACAACUUCUCUGAAGGUGCAACCCAUUACAUAGUAACAGGAUUGCCGCAGCAGUUGGAGGAUGAGUCUGGAGUAUAUUCACAUACUGUGAUAGACGCAGAUGAGCCUCAAGAGAUUUUUCAGGCUAGCACUCUUGUAAACUCUAAUAGUAUAUCUUCUGAUGGAAAUGGUGAACACCUUGCUAGUAUGGUCAUUUAUACAGAGGAGGGUUCACAAACAGCUAUUAUCCAGGACCAAAUAAACAGUAAUGGAUUACAGGAAGUAUGAAAUAAUUAGAGUUCUUACAGCUUUGGUGGGGGAUAAAAAUGGGACACUUGGAGACAUUAUAUUUAA